UUUUGCAGAAGAACCGACGUCCAUCGUUGUCUUUCAUCUUCCUGUCUCACCAGGUUCAUUUUGUUAGAGAUAUCAGAGGUGUGGAUUAGAGACCUGUGAACUACAGCUUCCAGCUCUUUUAUGAAUUUGCUUACAAUUCUGUAGAAUCUUUCUGAUGCUCCCUUGUUUCGUGUUUUUUUUUUUUUUUUUUUUUUUUUUUUUAAUCUGUUUCAGCCUCUGUCUCUCAGGUAUCAAAACUUCAGUUCUAGUUCUGGUGAUUAUAGCCAGGAGCUGCAUCUAAAAUCAUUCUUUGCUUAACAAAACUCACUGAGUAAAUUCUAAUUCUCUUUGUCCUUUUAAUCUUAUUUGCUGUAGUAUUUUCUUUAAUAAUUAGAUUUAAUGUCAGAAUGUACAACUGACAAUCAGUUAGUCAUUUCACCCAUUCUUCACACCCCAAGAAUCCGUUAUACUCACUUGUUCCACAGUUGUAAAGUACGUAACAGUCCUAGAUUCCAAACUCCUCUGAUAUUACCAUGUUUCAGAAAAAAGAUUUCAUCAAGAGCAUGGAAGUUUUCAGUCUGUGUCUUUCAGGACAUACUGGAAAUCUGGAACUUCUAAGUGCUAAAUGGUUUGGACUUUGUCUGAUACAGUUUUUACUUAUUAGCUGAAGUGUGAAGGCUUUCUGAAAGCCAAGCUGAAGCUCUAAUGCCUAUCGUUCUAACCAUUACUUCUAUAAUAAAAUGUUCCUACCUGAAGUCCAAAGGGUUUACAGUCUAAAUGGACUGGACAGACAGAUGAUUGGAAAUUCCUCUGUACAUAGUCUAUAUGAUGGCCACUGAGAUGCAAAGUGGUCAAGACCUACACCGCAGUCACUGAACGGUGCAGUGACCAUUCUCUAGGUAGCUGCUCCCUGCUAGUGGAUCCACACCCCUCACCGCUUGGACUCUGAGGGACAAAGCUUUUAGAUGUAUGUUCAAGAAGACGGCAUGGUACUGCUGGUGUCUGGGGAAAGGGACUAAAAGAAAGCAUGUCAUGAACUGAAAUCCUUAGUUUUGCAACUUGUCCUAAAGGCAGGAAGUUGACUUUAUUGAUUUUAGAUGGAGCAGAGAGAUCUGCUGUUUAAAACAACAGGAUGAUACAGGUCUCCUGAGUGUUUGACAACUUACUUCCUUAAAGUGAAUGUUAAAUAUUUUCCUUUCUCCUUACAGGAGCCCUUUUUUAAGGUGUAGUGUAUCAGCUUUGUUCUCCAUGUUCUCCAUACCACAAGAGGAGGAGAGCAACAGAUGCGUUUCUUCAUGUUCUUCAAGGUCUUGCAACUCUUGCCUGGGGAUAUUUCUCAGUUUCUGGUUUCUUCUAAUUUCCUUCUGUUUGAAAGAAUAAGAUAAAAUAGGGAGAAGCCAUCUGCAUAUUUGUACCACACAGACAAGGAUUAUUUCAUUUGCAAUGAGCUUAAUGGUACUCUGAAGAAUCAGAUUUGUUUAUUAUUUUAGGGAAUGGGAUGAUGUUUCUGCUUAAAAAAUAACUUAUCAAAUAUAACAUUUGUGAGACCUUGUCUGGAAAUGCAUUCACGUGGCAGCUUUUUUUUUUUUUUUUUUUUUUUUGUCAUUUGUAAAACUGACUCUGGAAUGAUGGCUUUAGUGAUUAAAGACUGAAAGAAAGAGGUCUUGGAAUAACCAAUGGAUUCUCCAGCAUAUGUUAAUAUAUUCUGUUUGGAAAGGUUACUUCCAUUUAUAUUUCAGAUGAAAAUACUUUCUGACUUUAUGACAUGUAAUCACUUUUUUUUUUUUUUUUCCCCAGGAGCUAAAUAUUCAGGUUAACACUGGCGAUAAGAUUCUAAGAAAUUUGUGGUGAAUUAUAUUAAUGAGAAAGUGCUGAUUUCAGUAAAAACUUAUUUUAAAAGACCGGAAAUAAAGCAGCAUACUUAGAGAGUCAGUUCUAAAUAAUUUUUAUUUUAUUUUAUUAUACUGUAUCAUCUAAAGAAAGUUUCUUACAGUAAUGGUAAAAAUAAUAAAAGGAACAAGAACUUCUAAUUUAAUAAAAAAUAGGUUUGGUUUUGCCUCUAAAAAUUCUGGAAAUUUCACUUAACUGCAUUUUUUUUUGUCUCUUUCCAUCUCAUUUGGCACCAGAAAGAACUCUCAAAUUGCCAGGUGUUUCUCCUGAAAAGGAAAUGUCGAUUCAAAGGGCCCUAGCCAGAGAAUCCAGAACAUUCUGCAGAUUUUCUGCAGAACAAGUCCUUCUCUUGAAAGCUGAUGUUUAUGCAGGCCAGCUGUCUAAUGUGUGAGAUUCAGGUGGAUAUGGGAUACACCUGGCACUGCUGGCAGCUAGUGAGGUUCUUCAUGUAUGUCUGCCACUGGGAGAAACAAUCUCUCCUUGCAGAAAUUCACUGCUCCAUCCUUCAGCCUCCCCAGGGAAAAUCUGUCACGUGAAGUAGGUCUGGGUUAGGAAAUGUUUUCCAGAGCUCUAAAAUAGGAUGGAGGCUUGGAUUUUUUUUUCCUUUUCCAGGUUAGGACAUAAAUCACACCUUUCUGUUUUUCCCUGAAACAUUUUCUGCUCCUUUACAGCCAGUCCCACCUUUACUACUUGAAGCACUCAUUUGAGGGUAGGAAAUCAUUCAGAUUCAGGUCACUCCUCCCUGCUAGAGCUGGCGAAGGGAUCCCAGCAGCUUAAGAAGGUGUUUUUAGACAUGAAGCUAGGAGAGACAGAGAAUGACUAGCUGCCACAGUGUUGAUAGUAAAAAGAAAGUAAAAGAUAGUAAAAAAGUAAGAGAUGGUCAUCAGGGCUGACCUUCAUAACACCAUGGUUAAACAGCUACUAGUAUGGAAGGCAACUGGUUUUAGGGAACUCAGAUGUCUCUGCAAUACACUGUGGUCAGGUGGCUGUGGGCCUAACCUGAUGGCAAUAACAUGACUAUUGAUAAAUAUUUUAGAGAGCCGUCACCUGUGCUCUCCGCUGCCUCACAUUUUUAAUAACCUAGCUUAAAGAGCCCUCCUGAUGAAGUUUACAGGGGCAGCAAUAGGGUGGUGUAGGGUUUUCUAGCUAGGUCUCCUGACGAAGGACUUUAACUUGGAAGACUGGAACACAAGCUGAGUUUGCAGAGGAGGAGCAAGUGAAAUGGUGAGCCCCACUGCUGUACCUUGAGGGUUGGUGCAGCCUGAGCUCCUGUUGCUACCUGAAGCAGUUAGCUGACUCAAGGUCUGGAUGGCGCAUGUGGAGCAUCCCUUGAACUGCCGUGUUUGGAUGUGGGCAGCAUGGGCAGUGACACCUUGUACAUAAUUGGAUUCAGCUGGCAGGACAGAGCAUACCCGAACCCAGCAGGUUUUAUGAGACUUCUUCACAUGAGUGCACAUGGAGAGGACUUCCCGUUUCCUGAACCUGCAGUCACGUUUGUGAAGUUCAGAUAUUCUCCAGAUCAAGCCAUUAUGGAGAAAUGUGUUUUUCCCAUCCUAAUAAUUAGUGAUGAAAAGACAACGGAAAUCCCUGGGAUUUUGGAGGAGAGCUUCUGUCAGCACAGUCUUCUCUCUGUUCAACUCUUCUCUGUAUUGUACCAAAGUUUCCUAAAAAAGCUGAGUUGCACAGAAAGCAGUACCCUUCCGAGAAAGACCCAACCAAUCCCCCAGCAUCGGUUCCUGGAGGAGGAGCCAGGUGAGGGAUGUUUGAGGAGGUACAGAGGCACCCAGAAGCAGCAAGGAGCAGCAAGAAAAACAAGAGGAGACAAAGCAGGAAGGCUGCACACCGUGACGCGGGGGCUCUUGCAGCAGCACGCAGGCUGGGAAGGUGAGGUCUGUACCCUUAAACAGGGAGGAAGGACUGUCUCCAGCAGACUGUUCCCACAUGGUAUUGUCCCAUGUGCUGCACAGAAAUGCCUGGCUGUCCCCAUAAGCAAGCACGUUGCUGUCACACUGCACAGAAGCACAGGUAAAGGACUCGAAGUGCACAAGCUGCAGGUUGCGGUGCGUUGGUUAGCUGCGAUACGACCUGAACGCUGAAACAGGCCUUUGGCUUUGCACCUUCCUGCUGAUGAGGGCCAGGAGACACACUCCAGUGAGACCUUUUCUUCCCAGUGUACUCACAUCCAAGCCACCCAUGUAGAAUUUUUAAUGCAUGUGUUCCAUAGUAUAUCAAAAGUAAGCUGAGUGUGUAAGGGUUGUGUAGGGCUGACUCCUAAGACAGCUCCUGGGCGCUUUGGGGUUCCUGGGGCUCAGCAGGAUCCGCAACAAGUCACACCGGGGGCAGGCAGCACACGCCUGGUCUUGGACUAAAUCAUUCACGUUUCCACCAGCAGCAGGGCUAAGCAAGGGAACUGCCCAUCUCCCAGCCUGCGGGUGGUCCUGGCACCACAUCCUGCUCUUAUCAGCGUGGUGUGAUAAAUAUUCUUCCUCCUCACGUCCAUUAGGGGCUCCAGCUGCCUUGCAUCGUAAAUAUGACUUUUGCUGCACUCUCACCUUGGCACUUUGUUUGCUGCGCUCUUCUCCAUGUAACCAGCUUCUGCAGAAUUUAAUGACAAAUUGGCCUUACAUCAGCAAAGCCCUGAGCGUGCAGCCAUUGAUCUCAUGGCAGAGCAGAUUGGCUCUGAUAUUUAUGGGGGUUCGCUUCCUAUCACUGUUUUUUUUUUUUUUCAUUUUUUUUUUGUCCUUUAUAAAAGGAGGGUGGGAAAUACCUUCUGUGCUCAUUAUCUUCUUUAUUCCUCUUUUUUCGUCUAAUUUCCUGAUCUUUUAAUUUCUUUCUUUCCUUCUCAUUUUGGUUCAUUUUCCUUUAAGGCAUUAUAAUUAAUGGACUGUUCUAAUUUCCUUUGAGACAACAUUCUUAAUUGCUGUAAUUCUCACUUAUGUCUUUUAGGCAUCCCUGCUGGCAUUGAUUCAUUUCAAUUUGCAUUCCUGAAUGCUGCAGCUAUAAAUACUCAGUCAAUGCAUGGCUCCUGUCCUUUUGAAUGCUGUACAGGUUUUUCAUUGUUUUUUUGCAGUGAAACUAAAUGGUGACUUUCAGUUCUAGCAGUAUCUUACAAACUGCCGUGCGCUCGCCUUUAUUGCGUUCAGUAGGCUUUUCUUUGGU